GUCUCCACGGUGCUCUUCGAGGGUCUCGGGGUCCCCGAGGUCAAAGUAGACAAGCACGUUAGGACGGGAGGUAACGAGAGCCCAGCAUGUUGGAACGCUGUAGUGGCAGCCAUGUGGGCUGAUAUUGUUCAGGACUGGGACAAGGGAGGCCUAGGCUAUGAGUGUAUCAACCCCAACCAGACAACUGAGACCGCCUUGGUAAACCAUCUCAUCUUUGCUGAUAAUGUGUACAUCAUUGGCUCAGGCCUGAAUCCCAAGGCUUUUCAACAACAGUUGAAUGACUUCACUCUUGCCUUGCAUCAAUGGAAGUUUGAUUGGAAGUUGGAUAGCCUGCAGUUUGCUGCUAUAGGUUGCUCCCCUGGGAAAUUCUUUACUAGUAUCCAUCGCUCUAAUAUGCCUGGGGAUAUCGGCCUCGAUGGGGCUGAUGAGUACGUCAGUGUCGAGCUGCAGCAGGUUUCCGUCCUCAACGUACUGGGGAAUGACAUCGCGGAUUCUUUUCGCGAGCCGCAGUUGAUGUUGACCGCCGUCUCAACGCUGCUCGCAAGGCAUUCUGUGGCCAUAUCCAAUACUUUCGAUCCCGUGCGGUGCAUUGGCAUCUGA